AAUUAUUCCAUUAUUAAACACUUUCCCCCUACUUUUUCUUUUGUGUAUAACAUCAUUGUUUGACGUUUAAAAUAUAACUGCUUUGACCGUUAUAUAUUUAAAUGAUCUCUUUUAAGGGGUGGCCCAGUGGUUAGCACAUCUAAAGUUGCGGGUUCUAUGCUGUGUGGAGUCUGUAAAUUCUCCGUGCUCCUGCCGCAUGUGUGACGGACUGGCAAUUCAUCCAGAGUGUACCCCCUACCCAGCUUGUGCCGUACGCCGCCUUCUUCCAGCUCCGUCGCGAUGCGGAUAUGCAUUUAGAAGAUGGUUAUAUAUCUUUGAACUGAAAUGCUAAUACCGCCUAUGCAGUGCAUGGGACCACUAAUUAAAUGUUUCUUGCGAAACAGCCAAAGCGCUGUUGCCAUAUCCUAUGUGAGCCGCAGAAGAAAAAUAUCGACGUCAGCAGACACUUCUCCGAAGAGCAAAGUCAUGGACAAUUUGGUUCGGUCUGUGUUCAUCCCCAUUCUGUACUCCUUGGUCCUGCUUGGAGGCCUGCUUGGGAAUGUCUUAGUUCUGGUGGUUCUGUGCUGGUCGCAGCGGUGCUGGAGCUAUAUAGAUACCUUCAUCCUGCACCUGUCUGUGGCUGACCUUCUCCUGCUCAUCACGCUGCCUUUCUGGGCUGCUGAAGCUGCCUGGGACUGGACCAUUGGAACUCCUCUCUGCAAGCUGAUGGGAGCCGUUUUCAAGAUCAGCUUCUUCUGUGGCAUCUUCCUGCUCGCAUGCAUAAGUCUGGAUCGUUACCUGUCCAUCGUCCACGCUGUGCAGAUGUAUUCAUGUCGAAAGCCCUGGCAGGUGCAGGCCAGCUGUCUGUUCUUCUGGUUCUUCUGCCUCAUCCUGUCUAUUCCUGACUGGGUCUUCCUAGAGCAAUUAAAAAGGCUUAAAUGUGACUACAACUACAAUGGGUAUUCCACCAAUGGCAGCAAUUGGCGUUUGGCUUCCCACCUGCUGUACUUCACUCUCGGCUUCCUCAUCCCCACAGUGGUCAUGGUCUUCUCUCACGUCUCCAUAAUGCUGUUGCUGCACAGUAAGUCACAAAGACUACAAACACAAAAGAACCUACUGCUUAUCCUGGCACUAGUGGUGGCCUUUUUUAUCUGCUGGACACCGCUUAGCAUAACCUUAAUGGUGGACACCAUGUAUAGAAGGAAAGACUUUGAUUAUUCUGAGACCCCAGUGGCCCUCAGUACAGCUUUGGCUCUGACCACUGCGCUGUGCUAUCUGCACACUUUGUUAAACCCCAUACUUUACAGCUGCUUGUGCAUGAAUUUUCGACACCAUAUGCUUCACCGGCUGAGGCUGAGCUCCGCCUCGCCCCCUGAUCACCAAAUCUCACUGUGGGAUGAGCCUAUUGUUCCUGAGGAGAAAUACACCAACCAAAUGGUAGACAUGGGAAAGACCUGUUACUGAGUAUGUAACAGCUAAUGUAGCUUUAUUGCCCUUAAGGCUGUUUUCUGGUUUUGGGAGAAGCAAUUUUCUUUUGAUAGCAUAUUUAAAUUGCUGCUCCAAGAUGAUAUAUAUGAUAUGAUAUGAUAUGAUGUGAUAUAUGAUAUAUAGUGUAAUGUAUGGAGACUCACACGGCUUAGUUUUAAUUGUUUGCCAUUUUUGUUGGGGAGAAAACAUCUAACCAGCUGCUCAUGCUGAGAAAAUAUGAUUUAUUCUGCUGUGCAGUCAGAAAGCAAACUUGCAGCAAGUAUUUAUGAAUCACUGUAGCCCUUUCAGUAACAAAACGCUCUAGGUUGGGGAACAGCCUCUCUUGACUGUAGUCCUGGUAGCAUGGUAUGUGGGAAUUCUCCUCGGGCUGGGAUGUUUCAGGUCUCCCGGGUUUUCCUAGAUCUAAGUGAAGGGGAAAUUGAAAUUAUCUUCGGUUAUGUGUCCAGUCAAAGAAGCUCUGAGAGGCUAUUUCUUACAAAAAGUUAUGAGUAAUAGGGUUGCAAAGGGGUGGAAAUGUCCAGAAACUUUCUAUGGGAAGUUAAGCUAGGGAAUUUUGGAAAUGUUGAACUCCGUGCAAGUUGUCAGAUACGGCAAACUAUACAAAUAAUACAACAUAGAAUGUGACUUAUAAGCGUUGCAUUUUGAUGCAGAUGCUUAUUUUGGGAUGUUUUUACGCACACAUGAUUACUCCCACGCACUUCAGGAUUUUUUUUCAACUACAUUUAAGUUCCCUUUUGUAGGCUCACCUGCAAAUUUCCAGUUUAUUCCCAUAAAUUCUCUUAUUUGCCUGUUAUUUUUGAUGGAAAGUUUGCAAAUUUGAAAUUUCUUAGAAUUUUGCAAUUGUAAAGAGUAAUAGUUUCAGCAUGUUGUAAAUGUAUGUAAAUGUUAGAUUUUAUAAAGGGAUGAAAUGCCGGCGUUCAAGCACAAUAUGUGACAAGGUGAUAAUUAUUGUCCAUUUUUGUGGCAAUUACUUUAAAAUCAUGUAAUAGAUUUUCCAGAUUUUUAUUGUUACAAUAUUUUUUAAUAGUAGUUUUAAUAUUCCGUUUCUGUAAUUGCACUUUCAGGAAUAUUGAGAUAGGAAAGUAACCAUGGAAAGUAGUGGCCCUUCUCCUGUGUAAUGUCUGUUUUUACAUUUCAUUUAUAACUCUAAAAAUCUAUUUUUGUGUAUUAUAAUACAGCGGUGGAACAGAUUUUAUGUGUUAUUUUAUAAAACUGGGUUUGAGUUGGGAGUGUUAAUGUGUUCUUCACUUUAGCCCAAUUUAUUGCAUGAGUUUCAGUUUUGGGAUGAUCUUAUUGAAGAGACAUAAGCUCUUAUGUUAUUAUUAACAAAAGUGGGAUUCACAAUAUUUUCUCUCUGAUGCAAAUUAAGAAUAUCUAAUUUUUCUAAAUGUUCUUGUUGUCGUCAAAAGUAGAUUUUCUACUACAACUACCUUUUCGCGUGUAUUAUUUGCGCCAUUCAAUAUAGCACAAAACAUUAGCAUAAUACAACAAAUCAGGUGACAUUUUAAAAUGCUGUCCUGUAAAAUGUAGCAAAUUCCUACAGAAUCUGGGUGACUUAGCCAGACAUUUUCACCAAGAGUUUUAUGACUGGCAUCCAUAGAACCAAAGGCCAUAAAGAAUAAAUUCAGACAUUAUAUGGGGUUUGUCACGAUCCGCUUCGUCCGAUCCCAAUGUGUGCCACGCCCACCUCGUUACCUCGUGUGAUUCCCGGAUUGUUCUCACCUGUGAUUCGUUACCCUUAGCCUGUCUCUUGUAUUUAGUCCAUGUCUGAGUCAGUAGUCCCCAGUUCUGUCAUUGACGUUGCUGUCUUGUUUCCCCGGUCCUGUCUUUGUGCAAUAAAGUCACGUUUACCCUG